CGAAGCACGAGGUUCGCGUGAGUCGAUGACUGUGGGAGGCAACGAGAUGUUUCCUUCGAAUCCGACGAGAUUCACGUUGGGGCUCGUACGUCUUAAUUAAACAUUUCAACUCGAACUUCGCUUCAAAUCUUCUGUGACAGGUGUGUCGAAGUGAUUUUCCCUUGAAUUUUCUCAGUCGAAGGAAAUUGUUUUGUGAGUUAAACUAUCUCACGAAGGUUGUUAGGAAUCUCAGGAAGCUUCUUAGAUUUAGCUACUGGUUAGAGUUUAUAAAUCUCAAAACGUUCAACAAAAGUUUACUUUUAAAGUCCUCUGUGACAAGUGUCGACUCGAAAAUUUCAAUUUUCUCACGUACAUGGGUCAUCGACUGCAGAAAGACAAUCAUCGCCACGAUUCGCUAAACCACCAAGGAACGAUGUUAAGAGCGUUCGCGGUUAUUUCACUUUUAUCAUUCGUGCAGUGUAUCAUUCCAUCGGCCAUCCUGCAGACUGUCUACGAAUUUCUCUCCAGAAUUCCAACCGUGGACAAUGACGUAGUCGGCGACGAGACGUCCAUGUCCAAGGAGUACGACUUCGUCGUAAUUGGAGCUGGUUCUGCCGGGUCAGUGCUAACAAAUCGCCUGACGGAAAAUCCCGAGUGGAGCGUGUUGCUGUUGGAAGAGGGCAGGGACGAGAUAUUCCUCACUGAUAUACCAUUGUUAGCCCCGGUUUUGCACAUCACGGACUACGUUCGAUUGCAUAAAAGCGAGCCAAGGCCUCAAAAUGAAGAUGGAACUGGUGGCUACUGUUUAUCGAUGAACGAGGGUCGUUGCAAUUUACCGGGUGGUAGAGCUGUCGGUGGUAGCUCGGUAGUAAAUUUCAUGAUAUAUUCGAGAGGAUCGCCGGCGGAUUAUGACGCCUGGGCCGCGCAAGGGAAUCCAGGGUGGAGUUAUCGGGACGUGUUGCCGUAUUUUAUCAAGUCGGAAAAUUGCAAACUCUUGGAUCAGGAUGUUAGAUUUCAUGGCCACGGAGGAUAUCUCGACGUAACGUCUCCGCCGUAUGUCUCCCCUCUGAGAGACCGUUUCCUCCAAGCCGGCGUGGAACUGGGAUAUGACAUAAUCGAUUACAAUGCAGACGAGCUUAUUGGCUUCUCGACGGCACAGGUUCACUUGCGGAACGGUCACAGGGUCAGUGCCAGCAAGGCAUUCCUAAAGCCUAUCCGCGACAGGCAGAAUUUCCAUCUGUCGAAGCUGACCAAAGCGACGAGAAUUCUCGUCGAUCCAAAGACGAAAGCAGCUGUGGCUGUUGAAUUUAUUAAGAACGGCAAGACGCGGUUCGUCUAUGCCAGGAAGGAGAUAAUAGUUUCAGCAGGUACUUUGAACUCGCCACAGUUGUUGAUGCUCUCAGGGAUAGGGCCAAAGAGUCAUCUCGAGUCGUUGAACAUCAACGUGAUCGAGGACCUACCGGUUGGAUACAAUCUUCAAGAUCACGUCAGCAUGUCGGCACUGACUUUCCUCGUGAACGAGAGUGUGACUAUAGUGGAACCUCGGCUAGUCUCGAAUCUAGCCAAUACCGUGGACUAUUUUGUUAAAGGAACCGGGCCAUUGACUGUGCCUGGAGGAGCUGAGUGUCUCGCGUUUAUCGAUACGAAACAGGAUUACCCGGAGGCUUCGUCGAAGAAGUUUCAAGUGAAUAAUAGCAACUUUCGUAACAAGAAACGCUUGAAAAGAUAUAAUAUAAACAAGAGAGGUAAAUCCCGUUUUCGAGGCUAUCGAUGAAUCCACGAUAGAUUGCGGAUUUUUAUGCAGAUUCGUAUUUCGACUUUUGCUCGAAUGAUUUGACGUUGAAGUAUUUCGUCGAAUUUUUGAUACGUAAAAGUACA